CUGAGAAAGCAGUGAUCAGCUUUUGUCAGUGAUCAGAUUCUGUCUUUCUCUCCCUCUCUCUGUCUGUCUGUCUCACUGAAGAAAUAGAAAGAUGAGGAUGCGUUUUCAGUCCGUGGCGUGCGCGUAUUUUCUGUUCCUGCUCGUCGCGCCGGCGUCGUGCGGUGUGCGCGCUCCCGGCUGUCCCGAUCGCUGCGACAAGACGGCGUGUCCGUCGAUUCCCGCCGACUGCCUAGCCGGAGACGUGCUCGACCGGUGCAACUGCUGUCCUGUGUGCGCGUCGGGAGAGGGCGAGCGGUGCAACACCCAGAGCGACUGCACAGAGGGUCUGCGCUGCUCCGUGACCGACGGGGUGGCCCAAAGCGCCACCGUGCGAAAGCGCGCGAAGAGCGGCGUGUGCACGUGCGAGAGCACCGAGCCGGCGUGCGGCAGCGAUGGCGUGACUUACCGCAACGUGUGCGAGCUGCGCAGGGCGAGCGGGAGCGCCCAACGUCAGAACCAACCACCGGUCAUCGUCGUGCAGAGGGGCGCGUGCGGCAAAGGUCAUGAUGGGAAUCCCGACAGUCUGCGGCACAGAUACAACUUCAUCGCUGACGUGGUGGAGAAAAUCGCACCCGCCGUAGUCCACAUCGAACUUUACCGCAAGAUGGUGUUCACUAAGCGGGAGAUGGCGGUGGCCAGCGGCUCUGGCUUCGUGGUGUCCGAAGAUGGUCUGAUCGUCACCAACGCUCACGUAGUGGCCAACAAACACAGAGUCAAAGUGGAGCUGAAGUCAGGGGCCACAUACGACGCCAAGAUCAAAGACGUGGACGAGAAAGCCGACAUCGCCCUCAUCAAGAUCGACACUCCUAACAAGCUUCCAGUUCUGUUGCUGGGCAGCUCAGCUGAUCUGAGGCCUGGCGAGUUUGUGGUCGCCAUCGGCAGCCCCUUCUCCCUCCAGAACACUGUGACGACGGGAAUCGUUAGCACCACCCAGCGCGGCGGCAAGGAGCUUGGGCUUCGUAACUCAGACAUGGACUAUAUCCAGACCGACGCCAUCAUCAAUUAUGGAAAUUCAGGAGGACCUCUGGUGAACCUGGAUGGAGAAGUCAUAGGAAUUAAUACUCUGAAGGUGACUGCCGGGAUCUCCUUCGCUAUUCCCUCUGACAAGAUCCGCCAGUUCCUUACUGAAUCUCAUGAUCGACAGGCCAAAGGAAAAGCCACCACAAAAAAGAAGUAUAUUGGUGUGAGAAUGAUGAGCCUCACCGCAACUCUUGCAAAGGAGUUGAAAGGAAAAACAACUGAUUUCCCCGAUGUCACUUCCGGGGCAUAUGUCAUUGAGGUCAUACCUAGAACUCCAGCAGAAACCGGCGGCCUGCAGGAAAGUGACGUCAUUAUCAGCAUUAACGGGCAGCGGAUCACAUCAGCCAGCGACGUCAGUGACGCCAUCAAAAAAGACAACACACUUCGUAUGGUAGUCCGGCGAGGAAACGAGGACGUCAUCCUUACCAUCGUGCCUGAGGAGAUCGAGCCUUGACCUCUCGUCACUUCACGUCACGUCAUGUCACGUCACGUCACGUCAUGAUUCCCUGCUCUACUAUGAGCUGGUUCUUAGCUAAAACGAAAGAACACAGACAUUUCAUGGAGUGUGUAUCUGGAGCCAUGCUCAUUAUGUUUUUAGUCAUUUUUUAAUCUUUUUUCUUAUGAAAUCCCAUAGUAUUUAAACUUGUUUCGCUGAAAUGUUUACUCUUGUUUUUGUGUCUCGCUUCAGAAUCAUCAAGUCUGCAGUCUGCCGUCUGCCAUUACUCAUUUCUUGUGUGUGUCAGUUUUUUGUCUUUUUUCUCGUAUAUUAUUCUUCACAUGUGAGAAACAGAAUAACAGUAGGAUCCAGUUUUUCAUCACACGUAUAUCAAAAGUUAGAGCUGCUUCAUUCCAAGAAUUUUUAGUGUAGCUCUGUCAGAAAUGCACCUUAACUAUGUUAAUUGAUUUAAUAAUCAUGUUAAUUUGGGUUUAGAAACAGAAAUACUGACGAACGUCAGGUUGUUAAUGUGUCUAUGAACCUGUACAGAACUACGGAGUUGAUCUCUCAGCAGACUAACAGGAAACAUUAAGAAAUAAAACCUUUUGGUUCA